UUUCUUAUCUAAUGAUUUAUAAUUUAUGGCAAAUUUUUUUAAUAAUAAUGUUUCUUUCACUUUAAGUAAAUUUUGUUGCUAUAAUUUUGAAAGAAAAUUUCAUUUGUAUAAAGUUCGAAAUUAAAAUAAAAAAGAUGAUGGAAGGUACAUUAAAAAACAAUAUUGAUAAAUUAAUUGAAGAACUGCGAUUUAUUAUAAAAUCUGAAAAAGAAAUUGAAGAUAUCAUCCAAGUAUUAGAUUCAAUUGUUGAAGUUAGCAAAACAUCUUUUGGAGAGAUUACAGAAUGCAUAAUAGAUGAUGUUUUUUUAACUUUAUUACGUCAUGAAUCAAAAGAAAUUAUUGCAAAAACUGCUAAAGCAAUUGCUGAAAUUGCAAAAAGUGAAAAAGGAAGAGAAAAAUGCACUAGUAUAGAUUUAAUAGAUGCAUUAUUAGAUCUGUUAAAUGAGGAAUGCAUUGAUAUAUUGAUACAGACUUCCAGAGCUUUAGGAAAUAUUUGUUAUGAGAAUGAAAAUGGUAAAAAAUUCAUUGAAAAUAGAAAUGGAUUAGUAUUAAUUCUAACAGUAUUGAAAAAAAGUGUUAUUCUGAAAAAUGAAGAAAGUCUAUCAUUUCUUCGUAAUGUUGCUGCAGGACUUUUAUUAAAUUUUCUUAUUGAUCAACCAUCUCUUCAUACAAAGGAAUUACAAGAAGAAAUAGUACCUAUUAUUUGUAAUAUUCUAGAAAUUGAUGGAACUUCUGGUGGAGAGGCUGCAAUGCAUUCUCUUUUAAUACUAGAAUUAUUGAACGAUGCUAACAAAAUAUUUUUAGAUGAAAGACUUACAACAAUUUUAGUAAAUAUGUUAUCUACUGAUACAUCAUCGGAACUUUCUGAAAUAUGUUUAGAACUUCUUCAUGGACAAGCAGAAGAUGAAAAUACAAAAUUAUUACUUGCGAAAGCUGGUGUUUGUGAAUUAUUAUUGAAUUUAUUAGAAAAACAUAGUCCAUAUUGUACAGAUGAAGAAACUAGAUCUGUGUUGAAAAUUGCUUGCAAUUUAAUUGUUCUUAUAUUAACUGGAGAUAAUAGUAUGAAUAGUUUAUAUGAUAAAAGUAAUGGCAUUACAUACAAAAAAUUGGUUAAAUGGCUUGAGAACAAAGACAAAGACUUACAAAUUACAGCUGUAUUAGCAAUGGGUAAUUUCGCACGUUCAGAUACUCAUUGUAAACUUAUGGUUACUCAAGGUGUUCAUCGUAACCUUUUAAAAUUGCUACAAAGAAAUAAUACAGAUGUUGAUGAUAUAAGAUUUCAACAUGCUUUGCUUAGUGCUUUAAGAAAUCUUGUUAUUCCUAUGGAUAAUAAACCUAUAAUAUUAACAGAUGGAUUGAUAAACAUUUUAUAUUCUAUGCUGAACAUUUCAUCAUAUCCUGUUGUAUUUAAGUUACUAGGCACAUUAAGGAUUGUUAUUGAUGGUCAAAGUGAAGCUGCCAUAGAAUUAGGAAAGAAAAAUGAUUUAAUAAAAAAAGUUGUCAAUUGGUGUGAAGUUGAAGAACAUCCUGGAGUUCAGGGUGAAGCAAAUCGUUUAAUUGCUUGGUUAAUUAAUAAUAGCAGAAAUAAAGAUAUAGCACAUUUAAUAAUAGAACAUGGAGCUGUAAAAUAUUUGGUCAAAAUGUUAACAACACCACAUGUUUUAAUGUUAAACGAAGCUUUAAUUAGUUUGAUGAUAUUGACUACAAUUUCCUUAACUGAAUGUGAAAAUCUUCUUUUGGAAGCUGAUAUAGGAGAAAAACUUUGCAAUCUCUUUAAUAAUAAAAAUAAUUUGGAAAUACCAAUUUUACAUAAUGUGUUAUGUUUAGUUGAUAAUAUUAUUAAUUCAGAGGCUUUAAGAGAACAUCUGAGAAAAACUGAUUUAAUAAUAUUAUGUCAAGAAACAAAUUUAAUUAAGAAAGAAGAAAAACUUAAUAAAAAAUUGGAAAAAAUUUGUAAGAUAAUUAUAUAAUUAAGUAAUGGACGAAAACAAUUGAAAACAUACAAUCUUUUAUAUAAUAUAACUUAUAUAUUUAAUAAUUAUAAUACUAUGAUUAUAAGCAUAAUAUAAUUUAUAUAACAUUUAUAAUAUAACGUUUAUAUGAUAUAAAUGUGUAAGAUAUUCUUUUAAAAAAAAAAUGAUUUUUUAUGUUAUGUAUUUUGUUUUCUGUUUAUUCAUUAAUUUUUUAUUUAUUUUGAUUAUAUAGUUAUACUUAGAUUAUAAUAAUAGAAAUUAUUAUAAGAAGAAACUAUUAUAAUAACAACAUUAAUAGAAAUCAUCUAUUGGUAACUUGAAUAUUCAGAUAAAAUACAAAUAACUUGAAUAUUUCUUUCAUAAGCAUAAUCAUUAAUUAUUCAAUUUAUAUUUAAAAUUAACAUAAUAUAAAAUACAUAAUUUUUUACAUUUAAUUUUAAUAUUUUGUUACAUAUAACGAUCUCUCCUCUAUAAGUUCUAAAUAUAAAUAAGUUUGAAUUUGUUUUAUAUCAAUUUGUAUUAUAUGAAAUUAUUUAAAUAAUUUGAUACAUAUAUAUAUGCAUAUACUAAAAUUAUGAAAAUAAAUGACAUACUUAAUAAAUAUACUAUAAUAAUUAUAAUAAUUAUAUAAAAAAUGAUUGAUUUUACUAUUUAUUGUAAUCUAAAAAUAUUAACCAAUAUAAAAUAACCAAUUUAUUAAAAAACUGAAAUAUAUAUAUAUUCAUGUUAUUGAUAAACGUGCGCGCAUAUGUAUAUAAUUAUUUCUCUAUGUAUUAAAUUGUACAUAUUAAAUAUCCAAAAGAAUUUAAAUUUAUAUUAGAUAAAGCGAAACAAGUAUAGAUAUGUAAUGAUAUAUAACAUAGUGAUCUCUGUGCUUCGCUUUAUCUAAGAUAAACUAUUGUGUAUAAGGCAAACACGUGUAUUAUUAAUUAUAUGAAUAAUUAUAAAGAAAAAAUAAAUAUAAAAAUAUAUAAAUAUAUAAAUGUACAUAUGUAUAAUAUAUUAGAUCUUAGAAUUCAGCGUAUAUUUUAUGUUAUUAAUUGUAAAAUUAAUAUAAAAAUAAAUAUAAAUCACAAUUAUUAUAUAAA